UCGUACAAAGAGCAACCAGUUACCAGUCUGCCACAGAUAAGAAGUAUGGGAGCACUCCGAACGUGUGGUGGAGGGAGUGCCCCACCUCAUCCUACCUCACAUCUCAAGUCCUCCAUAGUUCCUCGCCAAAUCUAUGUGUCUUUCUGCAAUGGAGUCUCUCAUCCCAUUCCUCCAUUCAGCUACGGACCAGUGUAUGCAUACUGUCGUACGGUAUCUUAUUCCCGGCUCCGGCUCCGGCUCCGAGCUUCUGGCCCCGGACAUUUUGGCGGUAGCGAUGAUCAAAAUCCUACAAAACCACAGACAAUGCUAGAAGGCGAAGCGGAGAAGUUUGAUCAUCGGAAAGGCUCUGUUGCCAUGCUAGAGAGCAUGAUCACAGAAGGAAACAUCGCUAUAAUUUCGGCCUGCUUUGUCGGUCUUUUUACCGGUAUCUGCGUUGUACUCUUCAAUAUUGCGGUGCAUGAAAUACGUGACUUUUGUUGGGAUGGCAUUGCAGAUCAGGGUGCCUCAUGGUUACGAGAGGAGCCCAAAGAGGUAAUUUGGGGACGUGUAAUCUUAGUGCCAGCUUGUGGGGGUUUGGUAGUCAGCUUAUUAAAUUUUCUGCGAACCACACUAGAUGUAUCCAUUAAAGGAGAUUCAAGAUCACAAGUUAAGUCUUUAGUGCAAUCAUUUUUAAAGACAGUGGCUGCUUGUGUCACACUAGGAACGGGGAAUUCAUUAGGACCUGAAGGUCCAAGUGUUGAGAUUGGUAACUCCAUUGCAAAGGGAGUUGGUCCUUUCUUUGACAAAGGUGCUCAAAGAAAGCUGUCACUUCGGGCUGCCGGAUCUGCUGCUGGAAUAUCUUCUGGUUUCAAUGCUGCUGUGGCGGGUUGUUUUUUUGCUGUAGAAUCAGUUUUGUGGCCCUCACCGUCAGAAUCAUCAUUAUCAUUAACAAAUACAACCUCAAUGGUCAUUCUCAGUGCUGUGCUAGCUUCUGUAGUGUCAGAAAUAGGCUUAGGGUCUGAACCUGCCUUUUCAAUCCCUGAUUAUGAUUUUCAUUCUCCAACUGAGUUACCGCUUUAUCUUUUGCUUGGUGUUCUCUGUGGAUUGGUUUCAGUGGCAUUAUCUAGGUGCACAUCUCUUAUGUUGCUUGCAGUCAACAAUAUCCAACAGACCAUUGACCCACCAAAAUCAGUUUUCCCUAUUGUGGGUGGGUUUUCUGUUGGGCUUAUAGCAUUGGCAUAUCCCGAAAUUCUUUACUGGGGUUUUCAGAAUGUUGACAUUUUGUUAGAAUCUCGCCCAUUAGUCAAAAGUCUUUCCACCGAUUUGUUGCUGCAGCUGGUGGUUGUCAAAAUAGUAGCAACUUCAUUAUGCCGAGCCACUGGAUUGGUUGGAGGCUACUAUGCACCUUCGCUCUUUAUUGGUGCUGCUACAGGAAUGGCAUAUGCUAAAAUUCUUGGCUUCAUCUCUCAAGCUAAUCCCAUCUUACAUAUCUCCUUGGAUGUUGCUUCACCGCAAUCAUAUGGCCUGGUUGGCAUGGCUGCUACUCUUGCCGGUGUAUGCCAGGUGCCUCUUACUGCAGUUCUGCUACUCUUUGAACUGACACAGGAUUAUCGGAUAGUUUUGCCCCUUUUAGGAGCAGUGGGGAUGUCAUCUUGGAUUACAUCUGGCCAGAUUACAAGAAUGACAAAGGAGGAUGUCAAGGAAAUGAAAGACGACAAACCCUAUACAGCCCAACCACAGGAAACACCUUCAGUCCCGCCAAUUCCUUCCUUUACUGGCCCUGCUCGUGUAGAACAAUCAAGAGAAAGUGACCUUUGUGAACUUGAGAGUUCGCUCUGCCUAAAUGAAUAUGAUGAUGAUAUAGGUGAAUGGGCAACGAAGAUCCUUGUUUCACAGGCCAUGAGAACGGACUACAUAACUGUUCUAAUGAGCACUUUGCUUAUGGAGGUUGUGUCUCUCAUGUUAGCUGAGAAGCAAUCCUGCGCUCUAAUCGUUGAUGACAAUAAUUUUCUUCUUGGUCUGUUGACACUUGAUGAUAUCCAGCAAUAUGGGAAAGCGCAAAGAUCAAAAACUAAAAGACACGAGGAUCUUAUAGUCUCUCAACUCUGUUCUUCUACCGAGAAUGGGUGUCGGGUGUUGUGGACUGUAACACCAAAUACAAGCCUCCUUUCUGCUCAAACUCUGAUGGACAGGCAUGGUUUCAAUCAGCUACCUGUUAUUCUAGAGCAUGUGGAGGAUAAGGGUGGUCAUCCUGUUGGCAUUUUAGACAGAGAAUGCAUUGUUCUUGCUUGCAGUGCAUUAGAAGCCAGAGAAUGCCUUUGCUCGUCCCCCACACCAGAAAUGCAGAAAUAUUGAUUGCUAUCUUAAUGCUAUGAGACCAUUGAAGUUGUGGGAAUCUUUUAUAAACCUCCCAAUAAAAAAGGUAAGACUUCUGGCUAUCAUUAUAGUUACUGUCGUUUUGUAUAUUCGCUGUAGUCAUUCUAAAUUGAUAGUUUUAGAUGAAUGUAAAUAGGACAUACAUGUAAAGAGAGAAUGAACUAAAGUGAAUAUGUUUUAACUAAAUAUGUUUAACAUGACUAACGACAAUUGUAGUAUAACCAAUUAUUAAAGUGUUACACUUUGUGCUUCUAUGUUUA